UGUUUUCCAUUAGUGUGAGAUCAGUAUGGAACUGCAGCCAAGUUCUUGAGAUAAUGUGAAACCGAAAUAGAAAGUUCAGCUAAAGUAGAUGAAGCCACUAAAACAGGAAGGGAAAUGAGCGCAGCCGCCAAGGGGGAAAUAGAGCUGAUCCCCAAGCCAGAAAUAAGAGUGAGCCCCAAAGUGAUCACUGAAGGUUCUGAUAUGCCCAUAACCUGCCAUUGUCCAGUCUCAUCACAAUUGAAACCAAUCCUGCAGUUUGCAUUAUACAAAGAUGAAACAACCUUGAUAGAAUUCAGUUCUGCCAGUGAGUGGCACAUUUCCCAGGCCCAGACUGAGCAGUCAGGAUAUUAUACAUGUGCAGUUAGACCCUGGAAUGGGAAAGAACAGAGAAGCGAUGGUGUCUAUAUUCCCAUAUACGAGCUCUUCUCCAAACCCGUGAUAAAAGUGAGCCCAAACUCAGCUGGAGAUACCUUGUCCCUAACAUGUGACACACAGAGGGGCCGAUAUGGAGACAAUACCCAACUGGAGUUUGUUUUCAACAAGGGGAGGAAUGAAGUGCAGCGCAGUCGCUCCAGUGAAUACCGACUCCCAUCAGCUUGGGCACAAGACUCUGAGGUGUUUAUUUGUGCAGCAGCAACAUCAGAUAACAAAGUGUAUAAAUGGAGCGACCAUAUAACAAUCCAGAGAACUGAGCCACUGGUAAUAAGAAUGAAUCCCUACUCAGUAACAGAAGGGGAUACCUUGUCCCUAACAUGUGACACACAGAGGGGCCGAUAUGGAGAAAAUACCCAACUGGUGUUUGUUUUCUACAAGGGGAGGAAUGAAGUGCAGCGCAGUCUCUCCAGUGAAUACCGACUCCCAUCAGUUCGGGUGUAUGACUCUGGGGAAUAUCACUGUGCAGCAGCAACACCAGAUAACACAGUGUAUAGAUGGAGUUCAACUAUAACUAUCCAGAUACCCGAAAUGUUCUCUAAACCAGAACUGAGAGUGAGCUCCAACCCUAUUACAGAAGGCUCAGCCCUGACCCUGACAUGUGGUACAACUCCCAGUACAGUCAGCACCGGGGAACUGCAGUUUGCUUUCUACUGGGAUGGGCAGGAGCUGCAGGGAUUCACUUCAUCCAAUCAGUAUCGAGUUUAUUCAGUUCAGCUGGAGGAUUCUGGGAAUUAUUCAUGCGAAGUACAACAUCCAGCUAAAAGAAUACUAAAAACAAGUGAAUUGUUCUAUAUCCAGGUAGUAGGAGGAGCAGUCAGACCUGUGGUUUCCUUAUCCCCCAACUGGGCCAACAUAUUAACUGGUGAUUGGGUGACUCUGACAUGUGAUGUGGGUUCUACAGCAGGAACAGCACCCAGAUAUUCCUGGUAUAAAGACAAUAAGAUGAUGAAUAAGGAUACUCCGACCAAAGAAUAUAUCAUUUACUAUGCAUUAGAGACAAACAGUGGUACUUACCAGUGCCAGACGGGUACCAGUGAGAGGAGUGAGCCUGUCAGCCUGAGUGUUACUGAUGGCCCUCUCAUCCUGCAGGCACCUCCGUAUGUGUAUGAAGGGGACUCCCUGACUAUGAGAUGUUACAGCAAGUCUGGGGGGGAUACAGUGUUCUACAAGGACAAUAAUCCAGUGGCGCCCACGUAUGGUGAUCAGUUACAUACUGAAGGAGUCAAUAUGACUGUGACUGGUACAUACAGAUGUUCCAAAGGGAAGACAUAUCAGUCUGAUAGCGUAUUUAUUUCUGUAAGAGAGUUAUUCUCUAGGCCAGAGAUAAAAGUGAGGCCAAGUCCCCUGGCAGAAGGCAGUAACAUGACCAUAACCUGUGAUACAGCCCUUCAUCCAUCCAGAAUAACCACCCCGCUGCAAUUUGCCUUUUAUAUCAAUGGGAAUACUGUGCGGGAAUUCAGUUUAUCCAGAAUAUACAGAGUUUACUCAGCUGGGCCUGGAGAUUGGGGAGAUUAUUCCUGUGCAGUGAGAACUCCUACUGGUACCGUACUGAAACUGAGCAACGUGACCCAGAUACACGAAAAGGGCAAGAAUUUCUUGCUGUCAGUAGGGCUCCCCCUGCUGGUGAUACUCAUCAUUAUCAUUGCUGUAGGGAUCUAUAAGCUCAGACACAAGGCUGGACAAACCAGACGUUCUUCUGACCAGUCGAAUACAGGCAUUCCCCUCUCUGAGACCCAAGCCCUGGCAGAAGAUGGAGACUCCCAGCCUCACCCAGCUUCCCCAGCUCCCCCACCGACUGCAACAGAUAAUGAUGCUACUUACUCUGUUGUGAUGCCCAGCAAAUGAUCAGCUCUCCCACCCAGACCCUGCCGGCACGUCCCCAGCAGCUUCCCAUGCCUGCAUGUAGGAUAAGUGAUUAGUACUGUCAGUGUCACCCACAGAUCUACCUCUUCUGAGUUCUGACCAGGGUUGGAUUUCUAAAAUGGCCACCUGUAGGCCAGUCUCAACCCAUGCUGCCCACCUGCCGCAUAGGCAUGCCCAUCCGAUACCUUGUUCGUUCUUACAGUCACUUGAGACUAGGAACUCCUGGAUGUCCUGUGCUUCAGAUUGGCAGAUGGGGUGGGGCAGCAUGCCGCCCCUAAUUUUGUGCAACCCUAGACCCAGGCCUUUGUGGCCUUCCCACAAAUCCAGGCCUGAUUCUGACGGCAGGGACACUGGGAUUCACAUGGAAAAGGAAAAGUGUAGGGACACGAGCUGAUUCCCCCACCGAGCACUUUGUGCCUCUGUUGCCUGUACCCAUUAGAGAGAUUAUUCAGAAGAACCAGCAGGUUUAAUCCCUGGAAUCAGGGAUUAUACUGAUACUUGUACUGUGACUUAUGUGCCUCUCGUUUACUCCAACCAUAAUAAUGCUUCUUUUAUGUAAUGUUUGCUUGUUUAUUCAACAAUUGGUACUGGAUACGUGUCAGGAUCUGUGGGGAAUUGAACUCUGGGCUUUGAACUACGAUUGCCCCUACUGAGCUACAGGAGGCUCUCUGAGCUAUGUGGGGUCAGUUGCCCUGAUGUACAUCCAGCAACUCUACCUGCUUCCUUCUUGGCUCCACCCAUCUUGUUAAUUGCAUGUGUUGCUAGUCUUGUAAUUAGCAGCCUUUAUAAACCUGCUCCUGGCAGCUCCCAGGUUCCGAUCAUCGUUGCUGCUGAGCCUGAUCUAACUGCCAUCCUGAUUCCACCAUCCUCACAUCCUGUGAUUGUUUGCCUGCUGCCUGCCACUGACCUCAGCCUGCCUUACGGACCUUGCCAGUAUUCUGCCAGCCCUGACCAACUCGCCUGUUUACAGACUCUGUUUAUCUUGCCUCAUCACAGGCCUGUAUAUUGACCCUUAAUUUUGUUCUGUUUGGUUUCCAUUAAAUGUCUUUGCUUCACCUCA